AUGAUUGAAAGAUUGAGCGAGUUAAUGAAUGAUGUGUGGACGUGUAAAGGUUUUUCCGGGGAAUGGUUGGUGACAGAGAUGAACGAAAAGUGUAUAUUACCGGAAAGUCAAGCGGGAUUUAGAAGAGGUAGAGGGGCUAUGGACAACGUAUAUAUCCUGAAUCAUCUAAUAGAAAAAGAGUUGCUAAAGGAAGGAGGUCGGGUAUAUGCACUGUUUGUAGACCUAAGAGCCGCGUUUGAUACGGUGGACAGAGAGUGUUUGUGGGAAUGCAUGGAGAGAAGAGGACUGAGUGAAAAGUUAAUUGCAGCAGCAGGAAAGAUCUAUAGAGAGACAGUGACUAGUGUGAGAGUGGGAGGAGUAGAAAGUGAAAUGUUUCGGACGACGAAAGGAUUGAGACAGGGAUGCCCAUUAAGUCCCAGUCUGUUUGCUUGUUACAUAAGCUUGUUACAUAAGCGAAAUGAUUCGGUAAUUUUGCGAAGGAUGAAUGUGGAAUGA